AUAAAUUUAUACACCGAAAAGUCGCCCCAGUUAGCGCUCACACAGUUGUAGUAAAUUUUGGUGAGCUGACCACAACCCACGUGAAAUUCCGGGCUUAUCCAAGAUGUUCGUGUAGUGUUGAUGUUAUUAUUUUUUCUGAAAAAAAUCGUAGAAAGUUGUUUUUUUAAAAAGUGAAAAAUAAUCACAAAUGUGUACCCACCGUUUGCGUACAUGUAUUUGUUGAUUAGAGCUGUGACCAACCACACAAACUCGUGAAGACCACCGGAUGGGUCAUUCAAUGAGUGUCUGCUUUGGGCGAACGUUAGUCAUACACGAUGUGAAAAACUGCUCCAACCCAGAUUGUGACCCUGACCUAAAACCCUCAUCCGCUCGUGAACUAGAACACCUCAUCGAUAGGCUAGAACGAAUAGUAGACCGCCUGGAACGUACCGUGUCGGCCCGUGAGUUGGAAGAAACUCGCCGUAUUCUGAAAGACGUUUGCGACGCCGGAAAGAUUAUAGUAUCUGACACUGUCACCCAUACGGAGGACAACGUAGCCGCGGACGAAGAUACUAGAUUGUUUGAACUAACCUCGAACAGUGAUUUGCCAACGGUUCUUCCAUCGACACCGCCUCCAUCAGCAUCAUAUCUGCACCAGCAGUUGGACAGUCUCGAAGCUACCCUCUUCCCCGAGCUGACCCCCGAGCAAACUGCUGCUGUCGAGCGCCAACCCUCGAUCGAAGACUCACUACCAACAGUUAUUUCGCAAGUAGUAUUAGAUAAUUCAAAUAGUAGUAAUAAUAGUAACGAUCAAGAGCAAAAUUCAGUAUUAGAAACAACCAACUACUUACCACCGGACGACGAUUUCGGCCACCCGAAAGAAACCGCUAAUAAAGACAAGAUGAGUGUUAACGCCUACGAAGACAUCAUACUGGGUUCGCUUGCCAACUUCUUAGCGUUGUCCAACAAAAUCGGAGGCGACGUUGCUGCCCAAGCUGAACUGGUUAAACAAGCGUUUAAUGCCCAGUUCUCGUUUGUGCGGACUGCAGCCGAAUGCAGUGCACCGUCCAACAAUGACCUGCAGAGCCUGCUCAAGCCGACCUCGGAUCAGAUUGCCGCCAUCCAGAGCUACCGUGAAAAGCACCGCACGUCACAGUACUUCAAUCACCUUUCCGCCAUCAGCGAGAGCAUUCCUGCCCUAGGUUGGGUCUGCGUGGCCCCGACGCCCGGUCCGUACGUCAAAGAGAUGAACGAUGCCGGUCAGUUCUACACGAACCGUGUCCUGAAGGAUUGGAAGGAGAAAGACUCCACUCAUGUCGAGUGGGCUCGCGCAUGGAUUCAAACGUUGACCGAACUACAGCAGUACAUCAAGCAGCACCACACCACUGGUCUGGUGUGGGCCGGCAAGAACAAACCAGCGACAGGUGGAUCGGCUAUUCCACCACCACCACCACCCGGAGGUUUGCCACCACCGCCCCCAAUGAUGCCACUGGGUGAUCUGUCCGGUGCUGGUGUAGGUGAUGACAGAAGUGCUCUCUUUGCCCAAAUCAACCAAGGAGAAGAUAUCACCAAAGGACUUAAGAAGGUAACCUCAGACAUGCAAACCCACAAGAACCCCGGAAUUCGUUCGGGACCAGCUCCUUAUAAAGCACCCGCAGGUAUUACCAAUGGAACGAAAACGGUUUCGGCUCCGGCAUCUGUUGCCAAGCCACCUUCUUUCACCCGGGAUGGUAAAAAAUGGCUGAUAGAAUAUCAGAAAGGUAACUCCAAUCUGGUAGUGGAAAAUGCCGAAAUGAACAACGUGGUGUACAUGUUCCGAUGCGAGAACUCUACCCUGCAGAUUAAGGGUAAAAUUAACAGCGUUGUAAUGGAUUCAUGCAAGAAAUGUUCUCUAGUGUUCGACUCUUUGGUUGCUUCGGCCGAAUUCGUCAACUGUCAGAGCGUGCAGAUGCAGGUUUUAGGCAAAGUUCCAACAAUCUCCAUUGACAAGACUGAUGGCUGCCAAAUGUAUCUGUCUGCGGACAGUCUUGAUGUUGAAAUUGUCAGUUCCAAGUCGUCGGAGAUGAACGUUAUGAUUCCGAAAGGCACCAGCGGAGAUUAUACUGAACAACCAAUCCCAGAGCAAUUUAAGACUACAAUCAAGGGGCAAAACUUGACCACUACCUUCGUGGAAAGUCUCGGUUAGACGAAAAAUGGCGGCAUUAUUGGAACUUAGAACUUAUCUACAAAAUAAACAAAAAACAGUAAGCAAAAACACUGCACAUCAUUUGGAAAUAGCUCACUAAUAAGAAUCAACAGUAAAAAAGCAGAUUUUAUACAAAAUAAAUCCAAACAUAGGAAUCAAAAGCUCACUAAAAUUUCCAUAACUCCUCUUCGAGAUGCUGUCACUAGUCAUCUUUCUUUAUGUUUACAAACUUCGAAAACUUAUAUUCGAUCGAGUCAGUCACAGCACCAUAUCCGCUUUCGAUCGAAAAUGCGAACGCUUUCUCUUUUCUCCUCACUUCACAAAUAUUAAAGUUCAACUUCAAUUCUCCCAAAUCUUCUUAUAAAUUCACCCAACGCAAAGGAUGCUUAUUCAAACAAAUCGCAUUUAAUAUCCCAAAACGGCUACAAAUUUCAAAUAACCAUAAUAGAUAUAACGAAUUAUAUAUCCAACAAAAUGUACUAAAAUAAAUCCUAAAACUGGUUUGUCCCUUGGUAGGGUGCAAGCAUUUAAAUGUUAAUGGAAAGUUAGUAAAAUUCUUCAGGUAAAAUUUCUACCGUUUCUUUAAUUUUUUUUAAUUUCCAACUGUUCUUAACAGCAAAAGUUCAAUGCAAUCAAUGCUUUGCAGAUUAUUAGGUUGUUCCUGUACUGUGCUCUUUUACCAAACGUUUUAUUCAGCCCGCAAUACUAGCUAGCUAGCGUCGAUACGUUGGUAUAGAAUUUUCGGCACAGAAAAUACAUACAUGCAUACCUACAUACAUUACAUACAUUUAGACGUAGCUAACCGAUUUUUAUUAACACUGAACAAAAAAAAAUAUUUAGCAAAAAUAAUUAUGAAGAUAGAAUAUGAUUAUAAAAGUAUUCAAUGCGGCAUGCGCCUGUGCAUGUGCGGCGCGGCACCGGUCAUCAAAGGCGAGUGUUUUAAGUUGUAAUGGAUAAAUAUUAAAAGAAAGAAGAGUUUUUUUGAAACUGAUUUGUAUUUUAAUGCAGUAAACUACAAUGAUACAA